UCAUGUGAUAUUCCAUUAAGAUCCUUCACUGGAACCAUCUCAUCCUCGUCCAAAUCAUGGUCCAUUUUGUAUUUCAAAUAAAGAGUUUUGGACCACCGACUAGCCAAAUAGUUUGUUGUUGGAUGUUUUGGAAAGGAAUUCUUUUCUCGACCAAUUUCGAUCCAGGUAGAAAAGCAGUGAAAGCCAAUGAAACCACGUCCAUGGUUGCCUGGCCAUCAAACAAUGAAAGUUGAUGUGUCUGUAUCGACGUUAUUCGCCUUUUAUAAAAAGGGGAGUACCUGAUUGGUCUUUUUCUGUAAGAAGUUAGCCUUACGUUGCCUUUAGGAGGCAUUCGUUUCUCUUUUUAUAAUAAUGGGCCAACAAAACAGUUUCAUUGAAGAGUCAAUACUAAGGCCAACUGAGAAAAAUUGACUCACUAGCGAUUCCAAACCUAACCCCGGCAUGACAAAUCCACAAAAGAGUCUUGUAGUAAUGAGGCUGGAUUACCUUUAGACUACGUAAACUACUCGCGAAUUUGCAAUACCCUGGAUAAUGGGGAAGGAUUCAGCUAAUUGAAGGAGCAUCAGUCAUUCUCAAUGAAAAAAAUAGUGCAUUUAUUAAUUUGUAAAUGACAUUCGUUAACGAAUCAAGGCUUAUAACUUGUACCUUGUACUUUGCAUAUGCUUGGGGUCUAAGAGUAAUUCUUCUAGAGAAGACCAAAAUAAGUAAGUCUCAUGUCGAAUCCCCAAAACAGCAAAAACAGCAACUUUGUGUCGAUAAUUAAAAAAAAGACAAAAAAUCAGCUAUUGACGUGUGCAACAGAAUUGAAUAGUCCUGAUUAGUCACAGGCUCCAUGGUUUACAUAGUUCGUUUGUUUGGCAAGGAAGAGAAACAAACCCCUAAAGCUCGAGUUGUUCAACAUGAUGUUACAAAUCAUCGCAGAAGCUAGGCAGACAUUGCUAUUGAGAGAGAGCCUUGCCGAGAUAACAACCUCAGUUACUGAGCAUCAUCAAAUCAAAUCAAAAUUGAUUCGGCAAAAAUAGGGCGAUAUCAGUAAGUCAGCAAAAGGGUUCAAACAAUGAAUGCUUGACCUUUUAUGUCAACUUUUAAGCAGGCAACGAAAAAGGUUUAUUGGUUCAAAAAAGUUUGAAACGUUUAUCUUCCCUAGAAUCGUCUUUGAUUCUAACAUACUUAUCUCUGACUCAUUUAAUACAAUCUGGGGCCAAAGAUAAGACCCAAUUGUCAAUAAGUCAUAAGUGAGUCCUCCUGAAAUAUUGUGUGAGCAUGGAGAGCUCUAUUGGUGCAAGCUUUUCGUUGCAUUUUAAGUCCAACGAAAUUAUUGUAUACUUGCUUUACGUGCCUAAAGAUCAAGAGAACCUUCUAGUGGCAUGUCUCGCAAAGCACUUUGAGAACUCUCAAGUUGUUGAAGUUCAUUCUCAACACGUGGUGCUCUCCUGUAAAUCAACCAGGCUGGCAGUGGAUCCAUUCUCGCACAAAUCGCCAUUACCGCGACGAUUGGAGAUCCUUGCGGUGUUAUGCGAUCUUUUGGAAGAUCUUUCUAAGUUGGGAUGGAAGUUGACCACUCAGAGCAUCCAUGGAAAUCUCCCUAUUGUCAAAAGGAAAAGUACGAUCUACUUCGACUAUUGCCUUGGACCAGCUAAAGAAUUCUCAUGCUUGGUUGAAAAUGGUCUCUCACGACGAUUAUUGCUUCGGAAAAGCCAAAGCUCAGAUCAACUGCUGGCCAACCUUAAUGUAGCCUUGAUUGAGGCCUAUCCCAAAUUCAAAAAAGGCCCUCACGCUCCCAUUCAAUUGUACAUGGUCAAAGUUGAAGAGGAGGAACGACACGCCAAUCAUAUGGAGUACGUGGACGAUUUCAAAACCAAAUUGCAAUAUCCCUGCCAAUUUGUGACCACAGCCGUGGACUUCUUUCAAUUAACCGGAUUUGAAUGCCCUGUGGCUUUGAGCCUUUUCGGUGAUGCCAUG